AUGAGUAAAGACGUGUUCCCCUUGUUGGAGCUUGGUGAGCUUGUCACUUGUCUUCAAAGUUGUGAUUUCUCACUUGCUACAGAGGAAAAUAUAUCUAGGCCAACAUCCCAAUAUGUUAUAACGUUAUACAAACAAAUCAUUGACAGUUUUAUGGGUGUAUCACCAGAUUCGUUGCUAUCAGACAAAACCCUAUUCGAUACAGGUUCGAGUGACACGCAACAACCGCCAUUAUAUAUGGAAACAGUGAAAGUCUUGGCUCUUAAUAAAAUUUGCUUUAAGUUCUUCCAGGAUAUCGGAGUAUCAGAUUUCAACAUGAUGGAUCUAUAUAAACCAGAUUCUUUACGGACCAGAAGGCUUUUAUCCGCUGUCGUUAAUUAUGCAAGAUUCAGAGAAGAGAGAAUGUUCGAUUGUGAUAAAUUCAUGUCAAAGACAGAAUUUUUGUUAAAUCAGCUACGAUCAAAAUUCGAUGACUAUAACUAUUUGCAACAACGGAUAAAUAAGCAUAGAAAUGAAAUAGAAUUAAAAGAUGGGGAAACUAUUGAAACAUUGCAGCAUCAAAAUAGGCACUUAGAGCAACAAAUAACAAAGCUAAAAAACCUUCAAGAGACAUUGAAUAUGGAUUACAAUACCUACAAAUCUAGGAAACAGUCAUUGUUAAACGAUUUAGAGAAGUUUGGAUUUGAGCUUAUCGAAUUGGAGUUUGAAAGAAACAAGUUAGAAAAACAUGCGAAGACGGAUUUGAAUGAAUUGAACGAAAACAUUGAAAAGUUAUCUACUCUUCUUAAUACUCACCAGAAUAACCUUGACAACUUGGAGCAAAAGCACAGAAAACUUCGUACCUCCAUGAAUACCUUUCAGGCUUUAGCGCAAGAGUUGUAUGAGGUUCUACAAAUUAUAUCGACGGACUUACAAGAAGCUCAUCUUAAGGAGGCAAAUCUCAUCGAUAUGCGUGAACAAUACCUUCAAACUGAUGAAAAGUUGAAUAAUAUCUUAUCAGCUGGGGUGAUGGUGAAAUUGAAGAUUCUACAAUCUCAGUUGGAUAAUCAAAAACAAAAACUACGUCAGUUGAGAGAAGAGACCAAGGUAAAGCAGGAUAAAAACGAAGAAACAUUGCAACUUUUGCAAAAGCAAUAUACAGAUGAGGUUGUACCAGAACUUCGCGCAGCUGAAGCCGAAGUCGAGAAUGAAAUAAUCAAUGGCGCAAUAAAAGACCACAAAAGGGAAAUAGAACAGCUAAAACAGCAAUUUCAAGCCGAAGUCAAGGACAUCGACCUUGAGUACACAUUGCUAUCUGAUCACAUCAAUAGGUAUAUGGAAGAGAUGUUACGUGUAAUGACUGGAGCUGUCUAA